AUGCAGCUGCCGCCCGCGCUGCACGCCCGCCUGGCGGGGGCCCCUGGGGCGGCCGCGCCGCUGCCCGUGCAGCGGGACUCCCUGGCCGGGAACGCGCCCUUCCGCUUCGCGGCGCGCCAGGUCCGCUUCCCGCGAGAGCACGAGUUCUUCGAGGACGGGGACGUGCAGAGGCACCUCUACCUCCAGGAUGUGAUUACGCAGGUGGCUGCGGAGCCGGAGAGGCCCAGGGUGCCUGAGUUCACUUGUCAGGUGGCCGGCUGCUGCCAGGCAUUUGACGCCCUGGAGGACUAUGAGCACCACUACCACACUCGGCACGGAAACGUCUGCUCCUCCUGCAAGCGGGCCUUCCCCUCCGGUCACCUGCUGGACACCCACAUCCAGGAGUGGCACGACUCACUGUUCCAGAUCCUGGCCGAGCGGCAGGACAUGUACCAGUGCCUGGUGGAGGGCUGCACGGAGAAGUUCAGGACCAGCAGAGACCGGAAGCAGCACCUGGUGGCUCAUCACCUCUACCCUGCAGACUUCCGCUUUGAUAAACCGAGGAAGGGCACCUCGCAGGUGUCGACAGAAGCCACGGGGGAGGACCGGGCACCCUCUGAAGGAGAUGCCAUGGAAGUCUGCUCCGAACACGCAGAGGCCCACCCAGAACCUCCAAGAGAGAGGCGGGCGUACGGCCACAGGCUCCUGCUGCUCGCCAGCCUGAUGGCUGUGUUGCUGCUGGAGGCAGGCUCAGCCCGGACCCUCCAGGUCCACCUCCAGACCAAAGGCAAAGUUGGCGCUGAGCAGGACACACAGGAUGUCUGGGACGCCCGCGCGGUCGAGUCUCCGAAGGACGACCAGCUCAUCUGGCUACUCAUGGCACCCAAGCUCAUGGCCCCCAGCGAGGAGCAGAAAGGUGCCAAAGCCCUGGCAGAGACCGAGGACGCCCUGGGCCGCGUCCUGGGCCCAAGGGAGGGUCCUGAGCCUGACCGGGACAGCCUGUUCCACGCUGGGCCCGAGGAGGCCCUGGAGGAGGCGAGGCCCUGGGCCCGGGCGCUGCCCUCUUUCCAGGUGCUUCAUGGGCCUGAGGAGGACCGAGACCACAUCUACCACCCCAGGGAGCCCUGA